UAACCGCCAUAAAUCAGCUGUUUAGUAGUGUGCAUCGUAAUAUCAGAAAACUGCUGAUAGGCAUGUUUUUAUCACAUUAAUUUUGUUUGAAAUAUCAUAAUAAACUAGUUGAAAAAAAUAUUAUUGGAUUUAUUGUUGUCUUCUUAACAUUUAAAAUAGUUAUUUUUAAUCAAUUACAAUGGUUAGCAAUGAAAAACCCAGUCAAUUGGAUAAGUUGCAUAUCUGCUACAUAUGCGUACAAGAUCAAUAUUACAAGUUUCAACGUUUCCAUCACAAGUUUUCUUGGAUAUUUGUAUCAUUCAUUAUUGAUCUACAAGAAUUUUGUACUAUGGCUUCAAAAAAUAUAUUGCAAGAUAAUGAAAUUGAAGAUCUACUUUUUUUAACACCUCCUGAAGGAUCUGAGGAUGAAUUAGAGGAUUUCAAUAUAGAUGAACUGGUUUGUGAAAAUUAUGAUACUGAUAUGUAUGAUCAUAAUGAUGAUAAUGUUGAUAUUAUUGACCUUCCUGAUUUAGAUCAAAAUAUUUUUAUUCCAAAUAAUGCUAUUGAAUUAGCAGAUCCGAUACUUAUUGUUGUACCCAAUUCUGAAUCUUUAAAUUUAAGGCAGCCUUUGGUAAAUAGUACUAAAACUAGUGAAGUGUCAGUCGUGCACACUCCAACUGUUGAUAAAAUAAAUACUACUAAACGAACCAAAUUUCGUGAAAUUAAAUCUGUUGUUUGGAAAAAGCGACCAUUUCAGAUUUCUCCUGAUGAAAUUAAAUUUAAAGGUGACACUUCUCUCCCACAAGACCCUUUUUUUGAUUUAGAAUCCCCUUUAGAUUUUUUUAACUAUUUUUUUUCUUCUGAUCUCUUACAACAUAUAUGUGAAGAAUCGUUGAGGUAUAGUUUACAAAAAAAUGUGAAUAAACCAUUUGAAAUAACAGAAACUGAUUUAAAACGAUAUUUGGGAAUAUGUAUUAUGACUUCCAUAUGUAUAGUUCCUGAUAUUAGGCAAUAUUGGUCUGAGAAUUUAGAAAAUAAUGUAAUAAAAAACACUAUGACAGUAAAUAAAUUUGAAAAAAUUAGACAGUUCCUACAUUUUUGUAAUAAUGAUAUUUAUAUCCCUAGAGGACAACCAGGGCAUGAUAGAUUGUUUAGAAUUAGAACUGUUUUAGAAACUCUUAAAAAAAGAUUUCAAACUGUACCUUUAGAGGAGUCACUAUCUGUUGAUGAGCAACUAUGUGCUACUAAAGGAAGACAUUACAUGAAGCAGUAUAUGCCUAUGAAACCUCAUAAAUGGGGCUAUAAACUGUUUAUUUUAGCAGGUGUUUCAGGUUUUGCCUAUAACAUUGAAAUAUAUAGUGGCCAAGAAAAUGACCCUCAAUAUCGCCUUACAAAUGAACCUGAUUUAGGUGCAAGUGCUAAUAUAGUAGUGAGACUUUGUAGAAUUAUACCUACUUAUAAAAAUUAUGUAGUAUAUUUUGACAAUUAUUAUACUUCUUUGGGUCUUUUGGUAUAUUUAAAAAAUAUUGGGGUUUUGUCACUUGGAACUGUACGUAGAAACAGGUUAAAACAAGUAAAGCUUCCAAAUGAAAAAGAAUUCAUGAAAUCUGAAAGAGGGUCAUCAGCUGAAUGUAUCACAAAAAUACAAAAUAAUAUUCUAAGUGCAGUUGUAUGGAAAGAUAAUCGUUUGGUUACUUUAUUGUCUACAUUUAUUGGUGAACAGCCAAAAUCUGAAGUUUUAAGGUUUUCUAAGUCUCAAAAAAAAAGUGUAAAUGUGCCAUGUCCAAGUGCUGUAACUAUUUACAACAAGCAUAUGGGAGGGGUAGAUUUGUUAGAUGCCAAUAUUGGCAGAUAUAAAAUCCGUAUGAGGAGUAGAAAAUGGUACAUAAGGUUGUUUUACCAUUUACUAGAUACAUGUGUGGUAAAUGCAUGGAUUUUGCAAAAGAGAGUUCUUACACAAAAAAAUGAAGAUGAUAAAAUUAUAACUUUGGCAAAAUUUAGGGAGGUAUUAGCUGUGACUUUGUGCCAAACAAGUAAAAACAUAAACAUAACUCCAACCAGAGGUAGACCUUGUAAAAAGGCUAAUAAUGUGUACAUGACAGACAGAAAAAAACCUAGAGUAGUGCAUACAUCAACUAUAACUAAUCGAGAAAGAUAUGAUUGUGUAAGUCAUUGGCCAGUUUGGAAUACUACUAGACAAAGGUGUAAGUAUACAAACUGCAAAGGCUUUACUUAUGUAAACUGCAGUAAAUGCAAGACAUUUAUGUGUUUUAAUAAAAACAAUAGUUGUUUUGUUAGCUAUUAUACAAAUUAG